UUUCCACUGACCACCAAUGGUAAGGGACAAUUCUUCCAUUGAACCAACAAUGGAGAUAGUGAGGCAUAACUUCUCCCAAUGAACACCAUUGUAAGGACCAGUCUUCCUCUGAUCACCGAUUGUAAGGAGCAUGUCUUCCCACUGACCACCAAUGUUAAGGAGCAUUCAUUCCGGACAGACACCGACCAAUGUAAGGAGCAUUCUUCUCACUGUAUCACGCAAUGUACCGUGACAUUUCUUCCCAUCCGACCAACAAUGUACAGGGACAUUCUUCCCACUGAGUCAACCAAUGUAAGGGGCAUUCAUCCCACUGGAUCACCAAUGUAAGAGGGACAUUCUUCCCACCGACCAACAGAUCGCGCGAUCUGUCAUCAACCAAUGUAAGUAAGCAUCUCUUCCGCACUGAUCGCACCGGAUGUAAGAAGCGCAUAUCUCUUUCUUGACAACACACACACACACUGUACACAAAGGAUGUUUCUACUACACACAAUUGGUAUGA